AUGAGGCUGCAGCUGCUUCUGUCCUCCGCCCUCCUGCAUCUUGUAGCUGCGAAUGAGUUUGGAUCACAUUCACAUUGUGUACGCCGACGGACGCACCCUUCCACAAGAACCAAGAUUUUGACAACUCAAUAGUGCGAGGCUCUCCGAAAAGCCGGUCUGGGACAGUCACUCAUAUCUUCCACCAACGUCUUCGCUUUCCAGACCAGCCUUGCGAAAUACUUCUCAUUGUCCGCGAGACUGUCACCGCAAUGCUUCUUUCAACCACGAGACUCCACGGAAGUCUCCGAGGGCAUCAAAGCACUUGUGAGAGCAAACCAGACGCAGAGCUGUCAAUUCGCAGUAAGGUGCGUUGAACAAACGACUUUUGUGAGACUAUGUUGUUGACAAUGCGCUCGUGCAGAGGCGGCGGACACAUGCAUUGGGCGGGCGCAGCCGGCAUUGAGAAAGGAGUGACGAUCGAUAUGGGAAAGAUAAAUCAUGUCGCGUAUCACGAGCAGAACAGCUCGGUCUCUGUAGGAGCAGGUGCCGUCUGGGGCGAAGUCUAUUCCUACCUGGACAAGAUCAAUAUCAUGGUGACUGGAGCUCGAUCAUCAAGUGUUGGUACUACACCACUACUCUCCUCUCAAUGCCUAUUCAAGUGCUGACACACUCCUGAUUAGGUGUCGCCGGCUCAACACUCGGUGGCGGAAACUCUUACCACGCCGGAAGCAGAGGUCUUAUCUGCGAUGGAGUCCUGCAGUAUGAGAUUGUGCUGGGCGAUGGUAGCAUUGUGACCGCAAGCAAAGACGAGCGAGCCGACCUCUUUCGAGCCCUCAAGGGUGGCAGCAGCAACAUGGGACUCGUUACCCGAUUCGACUACCAAGCAUAUGAGGGCGGAAAGAUGUUUGGCGGUGUGAUCAAGCACUCGCUCGACACGGCAGACCAACAAUUCGCUUCACUACACAAGUUCGCCAACGCUAUCAACUUCGACCCUUACAGCUCGAUCAUCGUGAUCAGCAAUUACUUCUCCAUCAUGAAGGAUGGUUUCUUCUCGGACGUUUUGGACUACGCAAAGCCAGCGAAGCGUUCGGAAAUCCCGAUCAUGAGAGACUUCCUCGCCAUCAAGAACAAGCUCGGUGAUUCCACGGGACUGAGAAACAUGACGUCUCUUGCACACGAGUUCGAAGUGCCAAAGGACAGCCGGGUCUCCUUCAGCACCCUCACAUUCAAGAACGAUGUUCGCGUCAUGAGGAAAGCGCACGAAGCAUUUCUCCAAGUCGUCAGCAAGCUCAAAGCUGAAGCGAAAGGAAGCUGGGGUAUUCUUACCCUCUACCAACCAAUACCGACCAUCUUCGCCAAGCACGGGAACGAAAAUGGCGGCAAUGUGCUAGGCCUGGAUCGAUUCAAAGACACAUUGAUUCUAUAUGAACCUUACCUGAAAUGGGAGGGUUCCGAUCAGGACGAGCUCUUCAAUGGCCAAUCUCAUUAUCUUCGCGAAGUGGUCUCUACCUACGCCCGGAGCAUCGGAGCAGACAACGAAUGGCUCUAUCUAAACUAUGCGGAUCGCGACCAAUCCCCGCUCGAAGGCUACGGAGCAGAGAAUGUGGCCAGGAUACGAGCGGCGUCGAGGAAGUACGACCCAGAAGGUGUCUUCCAAUACAUGAUGCCUGGAGGGUUCAAGGUCUCAAGGGUAAGAGCGCCCUGUAAGCAGUACGACUUGCGCUGA